AAAAAGAAGUUUGUUAAGUGCAGUGCUCAAUACGUGUACAUACGUAUAAUUAAUUAUUUUAUCAUAGGUAAACAUUUAUUGUUUUUUGUGAUAAAAAGAAUGAACUUCGCAGCUGCUUUUUCUUGUUUACACAAGAAGAGAUAGCAUUAGCAGUUUUUUUCUCUUACCUAUACGUAUACGUAAAAAAUUCAUCAAAAAAGAAAGAAGAAAAAAGAAAGAGAAAAAAAGAGAGAGAGUGAAUAAACGUUUGCAUAUAUGUACAAAGAAUAUCACAGGAGACUUAGAGAGCCGCUUUGCUAGCAGCAACUAUACUCACUAUCAUGUUAACAGUGGAAUUCCACUCAAGAGGAAUCUGAAGGCGGGGACUCUGACGUCACUCCGCUCAUGAUAAUGAGGUAUUCAUGAUGGCGGACGUACUUACGAGAGAGAGAGAGAAAUUCACGUAUAUCUCCCUUCGCGUGAGUGCAGCGCAGUGAAAUAUGCCAAGGAGACGUAAUGGGGAGAUACCACUUCCGGAAGGGUGGGAUGUCGCGCAGGACUACGAUGGAAAGAUGUACUUUAUUGACCAUAACACAAGGAAAACGACGUGGAUCGAUCCUCGUGACAGAUUUACCAAACCGCAGACUUUUGCAGACUGCAUCGGUAAUGAGCUUCCACUCGGAUGGGAGGAAGCCUACGACAAGCACGUGGGUGUUUACUAUAUCAAUCAUGUUAACCAAACAACACAGCUCGAAGAUCCUAGACAGGAAUGGCGUGCUAUUCAGGAAGCCAUGCUUCGCGAAUAUUUACAAACCGCACAGGACGCACUUGAGGCGAAAAAAGAGAUCUAUGACGUGAAGCAACAGCGAUUAUGUUUAGCUCAAGAUGAGUACAAUCAUCUGAACAAUGCCCUCAGUACGCUCGGCACCUCUCGUAGCAGCCUUUGCUCGAGUUCCAGCUCACUCAGCACGAAAUAUGAUCCAGACUUAUUGAAAUGUGAUGUGGCGCUAGCCAGGAAGCGAGUUUCACGAUUAAAGCGUGAACUAGAGCAAAUUCGUGCGGAAAUGAAUUGUACGCAGCGCGGUGUUGACACCUUAGCAAGCGUGGAACAAAAGUUGAGUUCGCACCAUGCAGGCUGCUACAACAUAACAGAAGCCCAGGCGAUAAUGACGGAGUUGCGGAAUAUUCAAAAGAGUUUGAGCUCAGGAGAGAAAGAAAAGGCCGAACUCAUGCAGUCACUAGCACAGUUGAAAGAUGAGCUUACAAGGCUGCAGUUGUGCGAGGGCAGCCCCGAAGCAAGUACCUUGAGUUUGCCUCAAGAAAAGCUGAGUACUGCUUCACAGACCGAUCUAUCAGGUGAACUUGUACCCAUAGGUACAAGACUUGCCGAGAUGGCUAGAAUGAGGCUGCAGUAUGAUGAAGCCCGGAAGCGCAUCCAGCUUAUUCAGCAACAACUUGCUGAUCUUGAGGAGAAGGUAAUACCUGGACAGACGGAAAGCGACAAGGACAAGCUGUUAUUGUUUCAAGAGAAGGAACAACUAUUGCGCGAAUUGCGCAGUAUAACUCCUCAUACAAGAACACAUCAGGACAUGAAAAAAAUUCAAUCUGAGAUACGUAGGUUAGAGCAAGACCUCAACAAUGCCUUUGAGCUUUCCAACAAAACUAUAACAGACCGUGUUAGGCUCCAUGAGGAAAAGCAACUACUGCUGCAGCAGCUCAGAGAUGCACUCAAAUCGAUGGCGAUGCUCGAAAAUCAGUUGAAGAGUCUGUCGGCGAGCACGUUGUCGGUCAGUAGCAGCUCGAGUUUAGGCAGCCUCAGCACGACUAGUAGUAAGGGUUCGCUGAGUUCAGGGCUGAGUUUCACCGACAUCUAUGGUGGACCUCAAUACAUGGGUACAGCACAGCAAGAACGACCUGUCGAUAUGGUCGAUCUCCAUCGACGCGUUGAAAGGUUACUCAAGGGUUCUGAGCAAAGCAUUACUGUUGGCAACAACCUCGGCACACCCUCACCCGGCAGGUCCCAGCCUAGCCUCUCGCCCAGAUCCAGUUUGUCAAGCGUAUCGCCUCCAGUCUCGCCUCUCUAUGAAAACGCACCAAUUGGUCCACCGCCGGCCUAUGAGCAGAUUGAAUUGCAACGUCGACAGCAGCAGCGUCUCCUUUCCUCAAUAACGUCAACGCAUCUUGACAGAACGCAAUUGGAAGAUAAGCUUGUAGAGCUACGACUAAGUCAGCAAACAAUCCAAGAGCAACAAUGCUCUAGUGUCGAGUAUAAUCAGCAUCAUCCAAAUCAGCCUCAACAGCAGCACCAUCAGCAAUUACUCCAACAACAACCUAAACACACUCUCCUAUCACCCAUAGAUCUACAAUCAUGUAACAUGUCGCAGGGUAGUGGACUUGGCAGGCCGGCCCUUAUUGGAUUGACACAGGAGCCACCAUUGUCUCCUAUAAGUGAGACACCACCCCCGACGGGCAUAUGCUCACGUGCGAGCUCGUCGGGCACAAACACGCGUUCUGUGUCGGCAGCUGUGUCUGACGAAAGUGUCGCCGGAGAUUCUGGCGUAUUUGAGGCUUCCAACAGGAGGUUUUGUGGGAUAGUGGGUCCCGAGACUGUUAUUACAAGUGACGUCAACUUUGAAACCGCUCAAGUCCAAAUUAAACUUAGAUAUUCAGUUAGCGACGGACUCCUUCACAUCGGUAUCGAACGUGCAAGAAAUCUUGGCGCCCUCUUAAUUCCCGAAAGCAUGCAAGUAUAUAUAAAAGCAGCUUUGUUACCGAUGCAACUAUCAGUAAAUCAUGUAUGCUGUACGAAACCAGUUGUGGAUUUACGUAAGCCCACUUUUGGCGAAGCAUUCCCCAUUGCCGUACCAUUAAAUAAACUAUAUACAAAAACAUUACAAGUCAAUGUGUGGUGUACUAAUGAAGAGUCCGAGGAAUGCUUAGGUUCAGCUCAAGUUUCCCUGGCAGACUUUAAUCCAGAGACACCGAGCGUAAAAUGGUACAACAUCUUAUCAUUUCGUUUUAUGCAGCAUUCAGCUGACAGUGACUCUCGGCCCUCGCAGUCGUUAUCAAAUUCACAGCAACAGUUGUUGACAAGGCACGAUAAACAAGAAUCAGAUAUCUCGAUGUAUCGAAGUGGCAGUCAGAGCAGCAGCGUACAGAACACCAAAGAAGAAAGCAGCGACGAAAGCACAAUUAUAAGUUCGCAAACAUCGACCCUGACGCGUAAUCAGGGUUGCGAAGAGCUCCAAACCGCGGUUUCAUUGAGGCUUGAAGAGCUUGCCAAUUGCCUCAAGAGUCCUGAGGAAGAAGAGGAGGGGGUUGGUGAAAGUGAAAGUGAAAGCGGUGAAAGUGAGGACAGCGAUGAGGAAGGCAUUAUUGUUGAGUUUAUGAUUGAAGAAAAUAUCCUUGAAGAUGUAUUAGAGCACGAGGAGGAUGAAGAGCUGAUUGAAGAGAAAACAACAGUAGCGGUAGCAAAUCGCACCUUAGAUAAGGAAACAAACACUGAAUGUGUUUUUAUUCCAGAGCAGGGCAAGCAAAGGAAGCUUUCGGCGGCAGGAGUCGUACCUGGUGCAGUACACGACGAUAAAAACUCCAUUGUGAUCAAAAGAAGCCAGACUUUUUCACCAAGUGCAGCAGUCAGCAGAAAUCAUUACAUCUGUCGAUUGAACCGUAGUGAUAGCGAUAGCAGUAUGCCACUGUACCGUCGCGGUGGCCCUUUCCAACGAAAUUCAGUAGAGCGGCGCUCAUUGCGCUGGAGGCGUCCGUCAUCUGUUCUUAACUGCAAGUUACCUUCUUCGUCAUCGAAAUCCAGGUCGAACCACUUUUCGGCGACGACGCGCACCUCCCUUGACCUCGAGCUAGAUCUGCAAGCGCAACACGCGCGACUUACUAACCUGCACGACGAGCUCAACAGGUUACGCGAACUCAAACAGAGGCUCGAGCAAGCACGCGAAAAAGGUGAUGUUGACAUGGCUAGUUGGCUUCUCGAGGACGACAAGUUUCAAGUACUUAUGCAACAGGCCGAGAACGGCAAAAACGGCAAGAGCCUUGAGGAUAAAAAGGUUGAGAAAAUGCUGAGGAAGACUAGCAAAGAGAUUUAUAAGCUUAGGAAGACAAAAGCUGGCAAAGGCAAACCAGAUAUCAUAUCUUUUAAAGAGAAAAUGGCUUUCUUUACACGAGUAAACUUAAAUGUACCAGUACUUCCAGCCGAUGAGUUAACAUUGGAAAGAAACUUAGUACUUGGUCAAGACCAUCGUAGAUAUGCUUCUGAACCGGUGAAGACAAGUUUUAGUAGAAGCGGUGCAGUACACAAUCAUGUUAGUCGUAAAAUCAGUGGACCUUCGACUACCACUAUCAUUAAAGUUCCAACCAUCAUUAAUACGAGCAUCGCAACAAAUAGUGACAGAAGUAGCAAGAUUUUAAGGGAUGUGAUUAAAAGUGAACCACAAAUAGUCGGUGGACAGAAAGUGACUGGAGAAGAGGACGGCGAACCGAAGAGGUACGAAUAUGUUGUCGAUAGAGUGCUCGGAGUCGAAGUUUGAAAAAAACAUACAGUCAGCUGUUAAUCGUGCGAGUAUGUUAAUCGUAUGAUGUUCAAGUUGUUUCAAACUCUUAAUUGACGAUAUUGUACUUCAAAUAGUUAUGGAAGAAUUGAUUAUGCGUUUUAAAAUUUCUGUUUUAUAGCUAAAUUCAAACUAUCUCUUAAGCUAGUUAAAUAUAAAAUAUUAAUUAAA